AUGUCAAGGCUGGGCUUUAUAACAGUUGGAUGGGAUCUUGAACCUUACCAUUUUCUGAUUAGCCAAUAUGCCAAUGCUUCUAAUCUAGGUGAGGUCAAUUGGGUGUGGAAUUUCACGAAAUCAAGGUUCCACAAAACACCGAAUAUUCGUUAUCUUGUGUUGCUUCAAGCUCUUGCUAAAUUAAAGGAUGUUGAGGGUGUAAUGAGGUGUUUUAAGGAGUGGGAUUCGAGUUGCAGCAGUUAUGAUAUGAGGUUAGCAAAUGUUGCGAUAAGAGCCUGCCUAGAGCAUGACAUGCAUGAAGAAGCAGCGCCAAUAUUUAAUGAUGCUCUUAAGAGGUUCAAAGGACUGUCCUUUAAGGCUCGGGAGAUGUUCAUGGUUUUCUUAUUGAAGAAGCGUCAGCUGGCUUAUUAUAUGGCGAAGAAUCUAAGUCGUCUGAUCUGGACAGGAUCAUGGGUGCUGCGGCAGCUCUGCACGGCGGCAGAGGCGGUGCCUGUAGCGGUGGAAAAACGGAAGAGGCUGUAUAAGAGGUUAUCGGAACUGGGGGCAAGCGGAGGGAGCGUGUCAAAGACGUUAAAUGAAUUCAUAUUGGAGGGCGGUAAAACAACGAAAGUCAAUCUCCUUGCUUGCAUCAGAGAGCUCCGCAAGUACGGCAGGUCCGACUAUGCCAUUGAGGUAAUGGAGUGGAUGCAGAAGAGGAAAAUGAUGUUUUCCCAUGCUGAUCAUGCAGUUUACCUGGAUCUUAUAGCAAAAACCAAAGGGAUUGCUGCAGCCGAGAAUUAUUUUGACAACCUCUCACCAUCUUUGCAAAAUCAAUUUACUUAUGGAGCGCUUCUGAACUGUUACUGCAAGGUACUUAUGUCUGAGAAGGCACUGACUCUUUUUGAAAAAAUGGACAAAAUGAAGUUCCUUUCAACUUCUUUGCCUUUUAACAAUCUCAUGUCCCUAAAUAUGAGAUUGGGCCAACCUGAGAAGGUGCCUGCCUUAGUACAAGAGAUGAAGCAGAAAUGCGUUUCUCCUUGUACCUUCACUUAUAAUAUAUGGAUGCAGAGCUAUGGAUGUUUAGACGAUUUUGAGGGAGUAGAAAGAGUUCUAAAUGAGAUGAAAAUGGGUGAUGAAGAGAACUUUUCUUGGACUACAUACAGUAACCUCGCUACAAUCUAUGUAAAGGCUGGACUUUUUGAGAAAGCUGAAUCAGCUCUUAAAGAGUUAGAGGAGCAGAUAAAAUGUGUACGUGAUCAUGAUAUUCAGAUAAAACGCAGACAAGGUGAUGACCGUGAAGCUUAUCAUUUUCUGAUUACCCUUUAUGCCGGCACUUCUAAUCUAGGUGAGGUCAUUCGCGUGUGGAAUUCCCUGAAGUCAAACUUCCACAGAACAACCAAUAUUAGUUAUCUUACCAUGCUUCAGGCUCUUGCUAAAUUAAAAGAUGUUGAUGGUCUACUGAAGUGUUUUAAGGAGUGGGAGUCCAGUUGCCACAGCUAUGAUAUGAGGUUAGCAAAUGUUGCUAUAAGAGCCUGCCUAGAGCAUGACAUGUAUGAAGAAGCAGCAUUAAUAUUUGAUGAUGCUCUUAAGAGGACCAAAGGAUUGUUCUUUAAGGCACGAGAGAUGUUCAUGGUUUUCUUCUUGAAGAACCAUCGACUGGAUUUGGCCCUGAAGCACUUGAAAGCUGCAUUAUCCGAAGUCAAGGAUGAAUGGCAACCAAAGCAGAAUACAGUGAGUGCAUUUUUUGAUUAUUUUGAAGAUGAGAAAGAUGUUAAUGGUGCUGAGAGACUAUGCAAGAUUUUGAAGCAGAUUAAUCGUCUUGACUCUGAUGUUUACAAUUUGUUGCUCAAGACUUACAUAGCUGCUGGCAGAUUGGCUCCAGAGAUGCGGCAGAGAUUGGAAGAAGAUGAUAUUGAAAUAAACCCUGAGCUUGAGGACUUGCUUGAAAGGGUCUGCCCAAAAUAG